AUGCGCGAUGCAGUGAACGCCGAACUUGAUAGACUGGAGCGACUCAAUAUCAUCACACCAGUCCAGCACUCCGAGUGGGCAGCACCGAUUGUAGUGGUACGCAAGUCGAAUGGACAACUGAGAAUAUGCGGAGACUAUUCGACGGGACUCAACGCAUCACUCCACCCACAUGACUAUCCGCUGCCACCGCCACAGGACAUCUACACCAAACUGAGUAACUCGACAAUUUUUAGCCAAAUUGACUUAUCUGAUGCUUUCUUACAGGUUCCCAUUGCCGAGCAAAGUCGCCGCUUGCUCACCAUAAACACGCAUAAAGGGUUGUACCUGUAUAAUCGCCUGCCACCAGGGAUUAAAGUAGCACCAGGCGCAUUUCAGCAGCUUAUGGACCAAAUGCUUGCUGGAAUGGAACGUGUCACGAGUUACAUGGACGACGUUAUCGUUGGUGGACGAACACAACGGGAACACGACGACGUACUAAACGAAACCCUGAGACGCAUUCAGGAGUAUGGUUUCACCAUCCGCCCGGAGAAAUGUUCGUUCAACAAACGCCAAGUUCGCUACCUUGGUCACAUUCUCGAUAACCACGGCAUUCGUCCAGACCCAGCCAAAAUAGCUGCGAUAAAGGAUCUUUCAGCGCCAACCGACGUUAGUGGUGUACGUUCCUUUCUUGGCGCCGUUAACUAUUAUGGAAGAUUCAUCCCGAACAUGCGCAAGCUUCGAUACCCGUUGGACAACCUACUGAAAGAAGGCAGUUCGUUUAAGUGGUCCCCUGAAUGCCAAAAAGCCUUCGAGCAGUUCAAAAGUAUCCUUUCAUCGGAACUGCUCCUGACGCACUACGAUCCAAGGCGUGAGAUCGUUGUAUCCGCGGACGCGUCAUCCGUCGGAUUAGGCGCAACAAUCGGUCACAAGUUCCCCGAUGGAACUUUUAAAGUUGUGCAGCAUGCGUCCCGUGCACUUACAAAGGCAAAGAAAAACUACAGCCAGAUAGAUCGGGAAGGCUUGGCAAUUAUCUUCGCUGUGACGAAAUUCCAUAAUUUUAUAUUUGGACGGCAUUUUACUCUACAAACAGACCACAAGCCACUUUUGAGAAUUUUCGGCAGCAAGAAAGGCAUCCCCGUUUACACCGCCAAUCGCUUGCAGAGAUUCGCGCUCACCUUACAGCUGUAUGAUUUCGACAUCAAUUACGUAUCGACCGACAAUUUUGGGAACGCCGACAUCCUUUCGCGACUGAUUCGAAAUCACGAAAAGUUAGAGGAGGAUUACGUGAUUGCUAGCAUCGGCCUAGAGGAGGACAUACGAUCAGUCGUCGUUAACUCAUUGAGUUCAGUUGCAUUAAAUGCAACGGAUGUCGCAACGGCUACUAAAUCCGAUCCCAUUAUGAGCAAAGUCAUACAGUUUGUACGACAAGACUGGCCACGUAACAGUACGUUCAGCGGUGAGCUGGCAUGCUUCUACGCUAGGAAAGAAGCUUUAUCAGAGAUGGGAGGCUGUCUCUUAUUCGGGGAGAGAGUCAUCAUACCAAAGGCUCUCCGGCAACGAUGCCUGCGUCAACUACAUCACGGCCAUCCAGGUGUACAAAGGAUGAAGUCGAUCGCAUGA